AUUGCAUUACCCCCACCUUUUCGCACAAAAACCACCCCUCGCCCGCCCAGCACAGCCCAGCAAGCACCAUGCACCAGAUCGGAAACUCCAUCAAAUUGCUGACCGGUACGUCGAAUUUUUUUGGGCGAAAUUGGUCCAGCGCUUGGCGAGGGAGCGUCUUUUUUUGGUCGCGUGGUGAAUUAUGAUCAAAAGAGCUGCAAAUAGUGUAGGAGGUAUGGGAUUGGACGCUAACCUGUGGGCUAUGCAGGCAACGCUCACCCCAAGCUUGCUGAAGCUGUGGCUGCCAGACUCGGUAUUCCCCUCACUCCUUGCCACGUCUCCAAGUUCCUCUCCCUCGAAACCAGUGUCCAGAUCCACUCUUCCGUGCGAGAUGAAGACGUCUUCAUCAUCCAGUCCCCCUCGCCUCCUGAUGUGAACGACCACCUGAUGGAGCUGCUUAUCAUGAUCUCUGCUUGCAAGACGGCGAGUGCCAAGAGGAUCACAGCUGUCAUCCCUUGCUACCCGUAUGCCAGGCAGGACAAGAAGGACAAGUCCCGAGCUCCCAUUACCGCCAAGCUUGUCGCCAACCUCCUUGCCGUCGCUGGUGCCGACCAUGUCAUCACCAUGGACCUCCACGCUUCCCAGAUCCAGGGUUUCUUUGACAUCCCCGUCGACAACCUCUUCUCCGAGCCAACGAUGAUGCAAUAUAUUAAGACCGAGAUCCCAGAGUGGAGGGACGCUAUCAUUGUGUCUCCGGAUGCGGGUGGUGCCAAGAGAGCGACUGCUCUGGCGGACCAGCUCAAUCUGGAUUUCGCCCUCAUCAACCGUAAACGUCGGCGCGACAUGGCCGCCUCCCUCUGUCUCCCUACCGUCCCCCCUACCCCAGUCGGCUCCGCCCCCAACUCUUCCGCUUCGUCUUCUUCCGAUGGAGAGUACUUUAAUGAUGCGGAUGACCAGAGCGGUAUCGUGGAGAAGAUGGAGCUGCUGGUCGGCGAUGUGAGGGGGAAGGUGGCGAUCUUGAUCGAUGACAUGGUCGACACGGGACACACUGUCCGUCUUGCUGCUGGUGUGUUGAGGGAUAACGGUGCCAAGGAGGUUUACGCUUUGAUCUCUCACGGUCUCCUCUCGGAAACAACAAUGGACAACCUCCGCGACCUCCCCGUCAAGAAGCUCAUCGUCACCAACUCUAUCGAUCAGUCGUCCCGUGUCGAGGCUUGCAACGGCUUGCUCGAGACGCUGGAUAUUGCGCCAGUGAUUGCGGAGAGUAUCAGGAGGACGCAUAACGGAGAGAGUAUCUCGGCGUUGUUCAGGCCGAAUGAUGUCUUUGCUUUCUAAGCGCAGGAUGUCUGAGAAGUCGAGAAGGGAUAAGGGAUAGAAAGGGUUCUGUGAGAGAGGUGUAUGAUAGAAAUGUAGGAUAAGGCUGGGUGAACGUUUCUUCUGAAUGGACUGGAUGUCUGACUGGAA